CGAGGGUACAGCCCAGGGGGUCAGAGCGCAUGCGUGUCAGGUCGAUGGAAGAGUUCAUUGAUUUGUGGUUAACUAUCUGCGCGUUAAUUAAAACUGUUGAUGGAUUAUCUGUUUGAUCUCAACAAGGAGUGAAACCAACCGCUGACCAUUGAUCUCCCUAAAUCCGUAACUUCCCGGCCUUCAGGGUGCUGAAUGAUCAUGGGCGAGCAGCCGGUGUUCACCACCAAGGCGCACGUCUUCAAGAUCGACCCGGAGACGCGGAAACAAUGGCUGCCGGUCAGCAAGCAGGCGGUGGGGGUCUCCUUCUUCUUCGACAGUACACGGCGGACACACCGCAUCAUCAGUGUAGAUGGGUCAAAGGCCAUUAUCAACAGUACCAUCACCCCCAACAUGACGUACACCAAGACGUCCCAGAAGUUUGUACAGUGGGCAGACAUCAGGGCCAACACAGUCUACGGUCUGGGGUUUGCUGAAGAGCCAGAGCUGUCAAAGUUUCUAGUCAAGUUCCAGGAAGCCAAAGAGUCAGCCAAGCAAGAGGUUGAGCGCAUCCGUGCUAGGAACAGCCCAGGCACGCCUCGAUCGUCCAGACAGAGCCUGCAGCAGAGAGACAAGGCUAACGGUGUCUCGCCACCAGUGCAGCAUGGCAACACAGUACCAAUGGCUCCAGGGACACCAAAAGAGAUGCGCAAGGCAAAAGACAAGCAGCAGGAUGAUGACACACAUGUUCAAUCAGACGAAAUCACUCCAGAGUCCACCAAUCAAGAAGAAGAGUUCAUCGAGAAGUUCCAGGAUGCUAAACAGUCGGCACGUCAGGAGGUGGAGAGAAUCCGCGCCCAAUCAGGCGGCAGCACGCCGCAGACACCUCACACACCGCAGAAAACACCUACUGUUAACGGAACAGCUACCUCACAGGGCUUAGCGGGUACAUUUCCCCGGGACCAUCGUAGUUCCCAGUCCCUCAACCUGCCUCCAGAGAACCCGGAGUCCUUCCACGACAGAGCAGAUGGAAAGAGCGACAACGGGCCGCUGACUGCCGACUCCCAGCUGAAGUAUGAGAACGACAGACUCAAGAUUGCCCUUGCACAGAGCUCAGCCAAUGCGAAGAAGUGGGAAGUGGAGCUGCAGACCCUGAAGAACAACAACACUCGUCUGACCACGGCCCUGCAGGAGAGCACAGCCAACGUGGAGGAGUGGAAGAAACAGCUCGCUGCCUACAAGGAGGAGAACGACAGCAUGAAGAAAAAGCUUGUAGCAAUGGAGGGGGCCGGUGCUCAGGACCAGCUUGAUGUGGUUCUGAGGGAGAAGGCUCAGCUUGCAGAGGAGGUGGAGAGACUUAAGACUGCUGGCCUGAAGAAAGACAAGGAAUUGGAAAGACUGCAAGAAGAAGUCGAAGCCCUGAAAAUGAGAGAUGCUAAGAACCAAGGGAUCCAGCAAAGACUCACGACUUGUGAGCAGGACAAGCGUGACCUACAGCAGAGAGUGUCAACCCUGGAGGGCCAGCUGGACACCGUGCUGUGCGACCACAGGCGAGACGCGCAGCGCGUACGCGACCUGGAGGAGCAAAUCGGGGACAAGCUGCACGAGCUGACCGUCCUGCACCAGCAGCUGGUCACCGUCACCGCUAGCAACCACAGCGAGGAGACCGAGUUUGACGCCUAGCAACCAAGCAGCAGCAGACACGCCUACCUAAGGCCACACCAAGUCAGUUUUAUGGAUGACAUCCGCGUGCACGCCUGUUUCCAGAACAAAAAAAAAACAAGAAAUUUCGCUUCCUUUAACUAUAACCAAAGAGUCACGAGAGUGCUGCAAAUUGAAAAAUUAACGUAAAACCCAUAAUGUGAAAUAUGAGCACAAGAAACAGGCAGGAUUACAACUGCUGUUCCACUGUUUUGUUGCUGUUUUUAAGACGAAUAAAAGCUCUCUCAUUCAAUUUCCUAAUAUUUCCCAUCCCUUACCAUAUUUCAAAUCUAGACAUUUGGUGUUAAUUUUUGCCCUUUUUUGUGCUCUCACAUUAGAUUUAGGGUCUCCAGGGGACGUCAUCCAUAAAAGUUACAUGGUGUGGCCUAAUGAGAAACAUGGGAUAACAGCUUACUUGUGAACAUUCACUCAUUCAAUGUACCUAAUGUCAAGUUGGCAACUCAAGUUUGUUCUAUCCCACAGCUAACAGCAUUGGUUCUUGCCAUUUUGUCGAGGAAAGUUGUGGAGCAAAUAAACUGCACAAUAGGGCUAUUGCAGAUACAAAAUUUAAGUGUAGAGGUAGGGUGGGAAAAGAAUAUGAAGCAGAAGAGAUACCAGUCUAAUACUGGUGUAUGUAAGUGUCAUGAACCAUUCUCUGGAUUGAAAUCUGUGCAAAUCCCUGCAGGAAAAAAGACAACAUUGAAAGAGUGAACAGCAUAACUCUGAUACUACUGGUACUACUGUACCACCAUUGCCUGUUACCAGGUACAUUAAAAGACAUUUAUUCACACCACCUAUUCACCCCCUUAUAUAGUGCAUGGAUGACAAAAAAAAAGUAUAACCCAUAUGGAGUGAAUACUUAAAUGGCCAUUUGUAAGAGUUUUUCCAGUAAGUUAAAGCAGUAAGCAUGUGGUAUAAAGUACCAUAAUAAUUGUGAAAAGUUGAAGACAUCAAAGUUUAAAAAUUUGUAAAAGUUACAUGCAGUACAAGAGUUCCUUAGUAGUGGUAGUAACAUAGUUUGAAAACUGAUAAAAAAAGUUCUAAUAGUUUGAUAAAAUAUAAUAUUAUUAGCCAUUAAAGUUUUACUAACAAAUCACAAGGGAGCAAUGCAAGCACUAAGCUUUAUAUACAUUUGUACUGCCAUGAAGUUCCACCACCUAAUAUUACUUAUUUUUAGCUUUGUUUGGUAACAUUUUGCUUUUAUUGUUUUUUACAAGUUGCAUUGUGAAAUUGUUAUCUAUGUUCAGUGUUAUUGAUAAUAAUGAUGAGUAUGUGAACACUGUGUAAAUGACUU